UUCUUCUGCUUUUUUUGAUAGAGUUCUAAUUUAGACUGCAUCUUUUCUUCUUUUCAAUACCAUUUUUGGAUGGCUUAAAAGUUCUGAUGUUGGCAACUGUAAUGUUGCCGCCGGCGAUUUGGGUCUCGUUUCGACCACGAGACUUCAUAAUGUCUAAUUUAAAAGAAGGCGAUAAAAGUGAUGACAUUGGUUUUUCUUGGGGUAUAAGGAAAGGUCGAGGAGGCCAAAACAAGGACGUACAAUUCUAUGGAUCUUUCACAUAUGAUGAUGUGGAGUACUUUUUGUAUGAUUGUGUUUAUCUUUUGAAGGAAGGUGAAGCCAAACCUUACGUUGGUAAGCUCAUCAAAAUUUGGGAAGCAAAAAAUAAAGAAAGGAAGGUAAAAAUACUAUGGUUUUUCCACCCCGAAGAAAUAUCAAAUUAUCUUGUAGGUGAGAAUGUGCUAGAGAAUGAACUCUUUCUAGCAAAUGGUGUCGGGAAAGGCUUAGCAAAUGUUAAUCCCUUGGAAGCGAUUGCUGGAAAGUGCAAUGUAGUUUGCAUUUCAAACGAUGAGAGAAAUCGGCAACCCUCCAAAGAAGAAUUUAAGAUGGCAGACUAUGUAUUUUAUCGCACAUUUGAUGUCCAAGAACGUACGGUUUCCGAUAAGCUCGGUGAAAAGAUUGCCAUGAUUGAUGUUAAUUUCUUAUUGAAAAAAAAUGAUUCUCAAUUACUGGAUCUCCCGAUGGUACAUAGUGAGAAUGGUUAUUUGAAUUUAGAGAAAAAAGAGGACGGGCCAAUUCGUUUAUUGGACAAGUCAAUAGCCCAUCCCGUGAUAACUUAUGAUGCUGCUGGAGCUGGUAAGAGCGUCGCUGUUGUAGGGUUAGAGAAAAAGUUGAUCAAAAAGGAUCUGGGAGGAGCAGAUGAAGGUGAGAAAUAUAAAGGCAGUGAAGGUCUUUUGAUUCUUGAAGAGGAUAAUGGGUCAAAUGGAAGAGGUGAUGCUACUAGACCCGAUAUUGAUCCUGGGGGUUUACCUGCUACUGAAGUAGCCUUGGCAUCUAAUCAGAACAUUAUGAGCAAAAAUUGCGUUAUGAUACCAACAGAAAAUGGGCAUCAUGGUUCUGGAAUCAAUAAUGUUGAUGAUUCUGGAAUCAAUAGUGUUGAUGAUUCUGUUCCAUUUGCUGCCACUGACAAUAGAAAAUCAAAACUCAAGAAUGACAGUUACAGGUCAACUCAUGCUAUUGAAAACUUAAAGACCCAAGACAGGCCAUUGAAGAAACUCAAGGUUGAUGGUUCUGCACCACAGUCCAGCGACAAUGGUGGGACUAGCACCCUGAAACGUACUACUGUUGAUACCCAAGACAGGCCCUUGAAGAAAUUCAAGGUUGAUAUUACUGCACCUCUGUCCAGUGACAAUGGUGGGACUAGCAAUCAGAAAGAUACUAUCGUUGGUAGCCACAAGGUAUUGCAAUCUGUUGCUGCUGCUAGUGGUAGAGAUCGGCUAACCAAAGAAUGCAAUGGUAUAAGCAAUAGCCUUUCUAAAAAGCUCCAGUCUGAGGGCUUAACUGAGGAUGAAUCUUAUGUCAAGCAUGGUAAACUUUCCGUGAAACAAUCAAAAGAUACACAGGGGUCUUCUAGAGUAUAUGUUGCAGCAAAUAAGGGUUCACUACUUGUUGAUGAUGAUGCCGAAAUUGUUAAUAAAGUCAAUUUGAGUAGGAAAAUGGUUGGGGCAAGCAAUGAGAAGUGUAAAGUGCCAACUAAGGAAACUAAAGAUGCUGAGAUUGAAGCUUUUGGCCGUGUUAAGGAAGUCACUAAUCGACCACCUGAUCGAAGCAAGUGGUUUACAGCUAGUCCUUGGGAAGAUAGAAUGAAGGAGGCCCAUGAUCAGCACAGACUUGUUCUACUUCAGAACUUGGAUGCAACAUACACCUCAUCUGAAGUUGAGGAUAUAGUUUGGCAUGGUUUUGGAGAAAGUUGCACUGCACAAGUGGUUCAGCGUACUGCAACUUCUAAUCGUUAUUCGGGAAAAGCAUUGGUUAUCUUCAAGACGAGGGAUGUAGCAGAGAGGAUUAUUAGUAAGUUAGACAUUGGAUGCUUAAUGCUCCCGAACAAAAGGCCUCUUAUAGCGAGCAGAGAUAUAUGUUUUCCUGGAAAGCCUGGUUCAUUCCCUGGUCAUUUGGUACUAGAUAAAGUCAGACAUCAACAACAGCGAGAAUCGAGAGAAGCAGUGUCUACUUCACAUUCUGCUCAGCCGAACACUCUUGAAUACGAGAUGGCAAUUGAGUGGCGCUUGCUACAAGCUAAAUCAGAGCUGUGCUGGAAGAUGCUGUACAAGAAACAAGCAGAAGAGACGAAAAGAUUGAAGGCUAGCCUGAAGUCUAAAUGAUCUAGUUUCCCUAGCUUGAUGGUUUGUGUAGAGAUCAACUGUCUUUUGACUAAUCUUGACGUCCAUUAACAUGUCAAUUACUUGUAACUGCUAAUCAUGUGUUGAACUACAGAUUGAUUUAUAGACUAGAGCGCUAAUUUUGGACAAGGGUUUCAAGUAUAAAAUUUAACAUGUCUGCAAUUUGAGCUUCCAGCGAGGAGGUGAUGCUGCCAAGUUUUUGGGAGCUUGGUUUGGUGGCAUUUUGAAAUUUCGAUGGUGGUUUUUAUUGGUACUACCUCAUUUUGUACAUUUGCAUGCACCACAACCUUUAUCAUAACCUCUUUCUUUCAAAUGAAUCUGUACAUAAUUGUAAAUGAUGCACAUUCUAUGUUCUGUGUUAUUCACCCGUUUCAUAUCGUGACAUUGCUCCCAGAGUAUCAUGGCCUGUUGCGAAAAA